AUGGCUUCAUCAUCAUCAAAGAAAAUUAGUGUGAAGUGCUCUGAAGGCAUGGUGUUGGAGGUGGAUGAAACUUUGGUGAAUGUUUCUCCUACCAUGAAACGCUUGAUAGAAGAAAAGUGUAAUGAAAGUAGCAUUGUCAUCACCUUGCCAAACAUCUCGAGCGAAACCUUGUCUAAGAUCAUUGAAUUCAUCAAGCUUGACUUGGAAAGUGAUGUGACUCUCAAUAAUGUCGGAGUUGAAUCUGCUGAUGCUGAUUGUAAGGCCUCUGAGAGUCUUACAAGUUUCAAUAACUUAAAACUAGAGUUCACAAAAAUUGAUGUAGACACACUUCUCCACCUUAUUACGGCAGCACACUAUCUCAAAAUUGAGAAAAUUUAUGAUUUGGGAUGUGAAGAAACUGCGAGAAGAAUCCGAGGAAAUACCCCAGAGCAAAUUCGCCAGAUUUUCAAGAUCAAGAAUGAUUUCACUCCUGAGGAAGAAGAAGAGAACAAGAGACUGUUGUUGACACCAUGGUUUUUAAAAUAAACAACAAGUUAUGUUUAACUAUCCAUCUUUCUAUAGCAAUGUGGAUAGUUAUGAUGUAUUUAGAGGACAUCGUGCUAUAGAUCAAACUUUUUAGUUUGUAAUAAGAUCCUCUAAAACUUUUAUUGAUAUCAUAAUAAAAGAAUGCAUCCUAUGGCAUUUGAUU